AUGUUUGGAAACCUUGCUGAAAAUGUUUCGGCUGCAGCUCUGUCACUCGUAGAGACCAACCAAUCAGACGAAAGUUCUGCUUCUGAAAGAUCACGUGAUCCUAAUCUGAGAGAUAAUCAAUUGCUGUUUGGCAUUCAAGUCCUUGUAUUCUUUACAGAUCUGCCUUUAGUUGAAUCAGAAUGUGGAAAACCCAUUAUUAAGCCAGAUACCGUGUUUGGGAGCCCAGAUCGCAUCGUAGGGGGAAAGGAAGCAAUCCCUGGCAGCUGGCCAUGGCAAGUGUCAUUGCAAAAUCGAUACACCUAUGGUAGCAGCCACUCCUGCGGAGGAUCUCUCAUCAAUGCACAGUGGGUUCUCACAGCUGCCCAUUGUUUCAAGGGAAACCCGUUUGCUGAAAACUGGAGGAUACACGUGGGAAAGCACCACAAAUAUUUUAAGGAUCCGCAUGAGCAAGUGCGCUACGGGGAAAGAAUCAUCAUUUGGCCCGAAAAGACGGGAGAUACGUUGAAGGGAAGCAUCGACAUGAACCACGACAUUGCCCUACUAAAACUUUCAGCUCCAGUGCAGUUCAACGAUGCCGUACGUCCAGUCUGUUUGCCUUCUCUGGGAUGGGAUCUGCAGCCUGGAACUCGCUGCUACGCUACUGGAUGGGGAGAGACAAGAGGUACUGGCUCCAACGAUGCUCUGAAGCAAGUUGAUGUCACAAUCCAGCCUAAAACUAACUGCUCUUUCAAUGAACAAACUCAAAUAUGCGUGAAAAACAGUAAAGGAUUUCAGUCUACGUGUCACGGCGACAGUGGAGGACCACUGGUGUGCAGACUUGCUGGCACAUGGUAUGUGAUGGGUGCAACCAGUUUUGGCACACUCGGGAACUUCAUGCAUGGUCUGUGCGCCAUGCCGGCCCAGCGGACGGUUUUCAUGAAGGUAUCGGAUAAGGCCGAGUGGAUCGAUACCAUGGUUUACAUAUACAGCUGAAAAUGAUGGCCGUGACUGAAAUGAGCACCUUGAAUGUAUAACUAUUAAAAUGAUGUUCUUUAUUUGAAAUAAUUAAUAAACUAAUUUGUAUGGUCUUUUCUACAG